CUUCGGCAUCUGAUUGAGACAAUCGAUUAUACCAACGGUUCCGUACGUGUCGUGGAAACGACUGAUAUAUUAAUAAAACAAAUAACUUGUAAAACACUGUCUCAAACACCGGCCAUCACUUACGCUCUGAUAAAGGAUCCGAUGGUCGGGAAGCGGACGGUUGAGUUUGGGCUCGACGUGCGGCGGGAACUGCUUAUAGACAUCGAGCCAAAUGGGUUUACUCUCGGAUCCGAUCGCUCCAGACUUCAGCAGACCUUCAACUCUAUGGCAAAAAUCGGAGAUAAUCUCAAUAAGUACCACAACAACAGACACGUGACAAACACUACAAACCGGGUCAGUAUUGUGCCGAACCUAUGGAUCCGAUUGCCAGCCAUUUAUGAGACGACCGAAAUUAGGGCUGUUUUGGUGGACAAGAGGGCGGAUGAGGUGAUGACGGGUUGGGACUCAUCGGACGUGACACUCAUCGACGACAACACAUUUGAGUGCAACUAUUGUUGCCAUAAAAGCGAUCACUUGUCGGACAUGAGGCGACACAUUGUGGUCACUCACGCCGAAGACCGGCCGUACAAGUGUUCCCGUUGUGACCAGAGCUUCAACGUUGAGGUGAAUCUACGGCUGCAUAACUGUUGUCAACACUAUUCAGCCAAUGAUGGCAUUCCUCCCACUUGUUCCGAGUGUGACAAACACUUUAAGCGAUUGGCGUCUCUUAAGUCACACCUCACUCUUCACCAGAAGGAGGAACAGCUCAGUUGUGGUCAGUGUUCACAGCAAUUCCAGACUCACUAUUAUCUCAAUAAACACCUCAAGAAUGUCCACUUAAAUGCAUUCAAGAGACCUAAUGGCAGAUUUGGCGCCAGAGCUGCUAACUCUAUGGCCAAAAGCCAGUACUCGUGCUCUGUAUGUCACCAGUGGUUCCCAAACACCGCUCAACUCAAAGAACACCAAAAACUUCACUCAAAGAUCAAAUGGUCGCUAAAACACAAGAACUAUAGGUCUAACAUCGAUAGGACAGGCUUUGCCCACAAGUGUGACACUUGUAAUAAAGCAUUCGCGAAGAACAGUCAACUGAUCCGACACUUGCGGAUACAUACGGGAGAGAAACCCUUUCUUUUGAAAAGCACUUCGUAUCAAAUCCUAUACACAAAUCUCUAUUCGUACCGU